AUGAGGAGCCUGCCCAUCCUGGGGGGCAUCGCCCUGCUCUGCUGCUGCGUGGCCGCCGUCGCCGCCUCGGUCCCCGCCUCAGCCUCCGCCUCCCCUGCCGCCUUUGCCGCCGGGACAGUCCCGACCGCUGCGGGCGGACGGGACCGCGCCCCCUCAGCUCCCCCCUCCCGAGCCGCAGACGCCGGCGGUGACGGUGACCAGGACCCGGGUGCUGCGGAGCAGGUGGAGGAGCCGGUCAGUCACGCCCCCAUUCCAGUUAGCUCCGCAGUCAGCCCCGCGGCAGAGGGGACCCCCGAGCUGGAGCCGGAGCCCACGCCUAGUAGGACAGAGGCCGUCCCCACGGGCUCCAGCAGCACCCUGGCCAGAGCCCCUCAGGUCUUGACCCCGACUGAGACUUUGAUUCUGACUACGACGACCCCGACCGUGGCUGCGACCCCCACAGCGACCCUGACCUUGACCCCGUCUGUGCUCUGGAGCGACCCCUCGCCCACCCCACCUGCGGACCAGCUGGGAAAUCAAGCCAGCCCCACGCCCAGAGAACACAUGUGUAACUGUAGUAAAGUUGGAAGCCAAGAUGGAAAUCGAUGCAAUCAAACUACAGGGCAGUGUGAGUGUCUUCCAGGAUACAAAGGGCUUCACUGUGAUUUCUGCGAGGAGGGCUUUUAUCCAUCCAGUACCAACAUUCGAGGGCUCUGCCAGUCUUGUGACUGCAAACCCCAUGGCUCUAUCAGCCCAACUUGUAACAGCUCUGGGAAGUGCCAGUGUAAAGUGGGUGUUGGAGGUUCCAAAUGUGACCACUGCCAAGAUGGGUAUUAUGGCUUCAAUGAGACUGGCUGUCAGCCCUGCCAAUGCAAUAAUCAUUCUGUCAUAUGUGAUACCUUCUCAGGUACCUGUUUGAAAUGCCAAGGAAACAGCAAAGGAGACCACUGUGAAGGAUGCAAAGAUGGUUUCUAUAAGAGUCCCACUGCCUUUCAUAAAUGUCUUCGGUGCCCAUGCUCAGCAGUGACAUCUACAGGCAAUUGUUCCAUUCAUUCAGGGGAGUUGGUGCCUAAAUGUGAUCAAUGCAAAGCUGGUUACACAGGCCCAAACUGCAAUACCUGUGAAAAUGGCUAUUACAAUUCUGACAGUAUCUGUAUGAAGUGUGAGUGUUUCGGACAUGUGGAUGCCAUCAGAACUCCGAAGAUCUGCAAGCCAGAGAGCGGUGAAUGUAUUGACUGCCUCCACAAUACUACUGGCUUUCACUGUGAGAACUGUCAGGAAGGCUAUGUCAGAGACCACAAGGGAAGCUGUAUCAAGAAAGAAAUUGUUGUUACCACGACUGAAGGGUCUGCCACUUUGGUUUCUAAUGCUACUUUGUCUACAUCACCACUCACUACAGUUGCAAAUAGUACAUUUACCCCCACCACUCUGCAGCCUAUCUUUUCAAUAGGAUCAUCUGAAAAUAGCACCUCAGCAUUAGCUGAUGUAUCAUGGACUCAAUUCAACAUCAUCAUUUUGACAGUCAUCAUCAUUGUGGUGGUCCUGCUCAUGGGAUUUGUAGGGGCCGUAUACACAUAUAGAGAGUAUCAAAACCGAAAACUCAAUGCCCCCUUUUGGACCAUUGAACUGAAAGAGGACAACAUCAGCUUUAGCAGUUACCAUGACAGCAUCCCUAAUGCUGACGUGUCCGGCUUAUUGGAAGAUGAUGGCAAUGAGGUGGCCCCCAAUGGACAGCUGACGCUCACAACUCCCAUACAUAACUACAAAGCUUAA